AUGGAUACUCAGACAAUUGAACGGCAAGUCUUUUUGACUCUUUUGGGCACAGUAUCACUUCUUACAAUAGGAAUAUUUUUGUUGUUUUAGUGAAUAUGACAUGUGGAAUGUCCUCACGCUUCAAGAGAACAAUGUCAGUGGGUUCUGGCAGUUGUGGUGGUCGAUUUUCGUGUGGAUGGCCGUCUCCUACAUUUUCGUUCAUGCUGUGGCGUUUGUGGUCGCCGUGAUUUCACUCCGCUACCAUCCUUGGGUCUUCUUCAUCAGCUUCCCAUUUUUGUGUAAGUCGACGAAAUUUGAGGGGAAAAUGGGAGAUUGA